CGCUAUGUCGCGGCCGCCUCGCGCGCUCCCGCCUCAGCCGUCGCCAGCGGCGGCGGCGGAGACGCUGCGGCGCGUGGCGCGGUUCCUGGAGCGCGCGCUGCCGCUGUGCCGCGCGCACACGGUGGAGUUCUACACGCGCGGGCUGUGGGAGCGGCUGGUGGCGCCGAGCCCCGCCGACGUACUGGAGGCGCUGCGCGCCGCCGGGCCGCUGGCGUCGCGGCGCCCCCUCGCGGAGGCCUCCGGCGGUGCGGCGGCGCUGUGGGAUGAUGACACAUUUUCCACUGUGUUUUGUGAAAACUCUAGCAAGCUUAUCGAUGCACAUUUGUUUGCCCUGGCUGCCAAGUAUUAUUCCUUGUCCAGUCUUGGUGUGUGCACCCCAUUACAAGAAAUGCUUGAAGCACUGAGAGGAGAGAAUCAAGGAAUAGCAGGUAUCAAAACUGAUGAGUUUAUGAAUAAUAAGAAAUCACACGAAGUGCAGGUAAUGUCAGAGCUGGUAGACAAUAUAGCCAGUUAUUGUGGUAUAAAACAGGUGAUUGAUAUAGGUUCUGGAAAAGGCUAUCUGAGUUCAUUUUUGUCCAUGCAGUAUAACUUACAAGUUUAUGGAAUUGACUCUUCAAACACCAACACUAAUGGUGCUCAUGAAAGGAACAGAAAAUUGAAGAAACACUGGAAAGCAUAUCAGAGUCGAGGAAGAGCAAGCCUCAAAAGCCAGAGGUUGGAAGAAGCAAAUGACAGGCCAGUGGAAAGUGAAAUUAAAUAUAAAGCAAUCAAGGAAAAGCCCUUCAAUAGUCUUCAAAGUCAGGACCAAGAGACAAUCCAAGAUGUAGUUCCUUCUUGUGGUUUCACGGAAACAGUUGUAUCUGAAACCAACAAACGAACUGAAGCUGAUUUAGUGGCCCAGACACAAUCUGAUGAGAGCAAACUUUCUGACGAGGUUCUUGCUAUUCUGAAUGUUCUACCUGCUGAUGCUGUAGAAGUUUUUUCUUCAUCUCAGUGUAAUUGUGAGGAACUCUGCGAAGAGGAGAAGGUGCAAAGAAAAAUGGAAUCUCUCAAGGCUAAAGCAGGCAGGUCAGGUGAAUCAAACCUGUAUCUCCCACUGACCUCGUGCAUCACUGCAGAAACAGAACUCAAUGACAUCAUCAUGGAUCUGGAGGACUGUGUGAUGGUGGGGCUACAUACAUGUGGUGAUCUUGCUGCAAAUACCCUACGCAUUUUUACUGCCAAGCCUGAAAUCAAAGCAGUGUGCAGCGUAGGCUGCUGCUACCAUCUGUUGUCAGAACAGUUUGAAAACCAAGAAAAAUAUCCAGAGGAAGUGUGGGGAUUUCCCAUGUGUCAAUACUUGAAGGACAAGGGCUGGUGCUGUGGUCGCAAUGCUAGAAUGUCAGCAUGCUUGGCUUUGGAGCGAGUUGCAGUUGGCCAAAUGCUGCCUACAGAAUCAUUGUUUUAUCGAGCUGUUCUUCAGGUUAUUAUAGAAGAAAUUUAUGGUGUCACCAAGAGCGAUCGGCACGUCGGGAAGAUCUUCUCCAAAUCAUCCUCCUUCAUCGAUUAUGUCAGGAAGUCUCUGAAAAAGCUGGAACUGGAUGGUUCGAAGGUGACUCUGUUUUUAAAAAGGAACAAAAGAGCAGCUGUACUGCAUAGACCAAAUGUCUACUCUGUCUCUGGCAUUGGCCAAAAAUUAAUGCCUUGGGAAGAAUAUAAGCAUAUAUGAAGGCUUUCAGACAGCUGUAUAAUGGAUUACUAUGAAAACUACAAGCACAGAAUGAUCGAGCUCGAAGCUUUUAAUAUGCUGAAGGUUGUUCUGGCUCCCUGCAUAGAAGUUUUGAUACUUCUGGAUCGUCUUUGCUACCUCAAGGAGCAGGACAGCAUUGCCUGGUCUGGACUUGUGAAGUUAUUUGAUCCGGUGAAGUCCCCCAGAUGCUACGCAGUUAUUGCUCUGAAGGAACGCUCGUGUUUUUAAGGAGAAGCAAACUGCAGAGAGGCUGAAAGCCCUGAGCUGAUACUGCUGUUUCCUCACUUUCAUCCUGUGAUUUCUUUUUCAUUGAUCCUUUCAAGGACACUGCUUGUCAGCUGCAAAAGUGAAAAGUGCAUUGACCCUUUGACUCAUGAGAAAUAAAUAUCUCCUUCAUAAAUACUUCCUUAUGUCAGUUAUUAAACCAUGUUGAACAUCUGGAGUCAUUACAAGAGUUACAACCUGCAUUAUGUGAUCAUUAUUUUGAAUUCAUU